AUGUCUAGCAUUCAAUCAGACGUUUCUCGUCGUAAAAUAAUUCGUAUAAAAAUCUCGAAAGCAUGUAAUCAGACUAUAAGUCUUUCGUUAGAAGAUCUGAUUAAUCUGCAAAGAGAAUACGACAUAAUCAGUGAAAAAUGCUUAGCUGCUUCCCCCGAUGAUUAUGAAGAACAAAAAUCAAAAGACGAUUUGUACAAACAAAAGAUAUCAGCUUUAAUCUCUUUGGAACAAACCAAAAACACAUUAAGUGCUAUAUCGAUCAUCGAUGAAGAAAUUGAAGAUUUUUUAAAUAUUCCGAAUACUGUCCAGGCUUCGACUCCUAACACAUCAUUCGAAUCGUCGAAAAUCGAAAUCAUGCUUAAUGAAGUUCGUCGAAUUUCUAGUGCUGCUAACAGCCUUGGUGCAGCUUACGUAUCUCGAUCGAAUUCAUUGGUUAAGGAAGUAUUGUGGCGUUGUGGACGACAACUUCGUGAAAAACUGGCGCAUGUCGAAUCGUUCGUUCAAUUGGUUGCCAAAUUGGAAAAAUUGUAUAAGUCUGCUUUAUGUUUGGAUACCUUCGAACGACGUGAUUCUGUUCGUCCGACUACUGUCGCAGCAGCUUUUUCGGUAUGCUGCAUCUUUUGUAAUGGUUCUCAUGCUUCAGCAGAUUGUUCUUCAUCUGUAUCAACAGAAGAAAAAAGAAGAAUUAUACUCGCCCGUAGAUUGUGUUUCAAAUGUAUUUCUCCUGGUCAUCUUUCGUCUUCCUGUCCUCAUGCUUUAUCUAUUCGUUGUUCUAUCUGCCACUGUAAUCAUCCGACUGUACUUCAUAAAGUUCGUCUCAUCGAAAAUCCGAAUAAUCGCUUCAAUUAUCCUUCUUCCUAUCAGUCAUCGUCAUUACCGCUGCCUUCCGCACCGUCUUCGUUUCCUUCGUCUUCUUCGUCUGUCACACAAUCGUCAUCGUUAUUGUCUUCGUUACCUUCUUCAUCAUCGUCAACCAUUCCACCGUUAUCAUUAAAUCGUUCUGAAAUUUCUGCUGCUGCAGCUUCGUUACGAUCGUUAUCUUCUACUGUGGCUUCCAUUUCAGUUUAUCCGUUUUCGUCAGCCGAUCCUAUUGAUCCGUCAGAAUCGUCAGAAUCUUCUGUAACUACUAUUCCUGAUCGAACGUUGGUAGCUCGUUAUGAUGGAGCAGCUUCAACUUCAACAACUUCAGAGCGUCCCGCGUUUUUGAUCAAUUUAAAUGGAAGUAAAUGUAUGGUUUGGAUCGACACUUGUUCGCCGUACACAUUAAUUCGUGAAAAUCUUGUCGAUAAAUUCAAUUGUUUUCCGGAUAAUCCUAUUUGUCUUUCUGGUUUCGCUGGUGGUUCCGUUAUAUGGUCGAAAGAAAAAGUUUCAGUUAAUCUUCGUUUGGACAAGAUUAGUGUCACUAUCGAUGCAUAUGUAAUAUCUGUUCUUUCUUAUUGUGAUUUAAUUAUCGGAACCGACAUGCUUCAUCGUAUCACUAAAAUUGGUCCAUCCAAAUCUUUGAAAUGGAAAUUGAAAUUCGGUGACAUUUAUUAUGGAUCAGUAGCAUCUUCUAAAGAGAUCGAUAAUAAUAAUUUUAAUAAAGUUAAUGUCGAAGAAGAGGUGGUCAAUCGUUUUGCUUCUCCUAUUUCGGAUGCUUAUUUUCGUAGGACUCUCUCAGGGGUUUCUUACAUGGAUAAUUUAUUGUUCGAACCUAAUGUGAAAAAAGAUCGUUUUUUAAAGCAUAUUCCCGAUACUUCCGCUUCUGUGUAUAGUAACCUUGGUUUUUCAAAUCCAGCCAAUAUAUUCUAUCGCUCGUUAUCGGUAUCAAAGUUUUUUGGCGUUAAACCUUGUUUCUUCAAAUCUAAUCGAGAUGAUCAACUAAGUUCGGCCAUUGUUACUUUUCGUGAUAAUCCAUUUCUUCGUUGUCUUACUCUUUUGUGGCGGGCAAAAUUGUUGAAUUACCAUUAUAAAAUAGUUCCUCCAUCGAACUAA